CACGAGAAGUGGGGCUCAAGUGGCGCGAACCCUGCCUCCUCUCUGCCUCCGAGUAGUGGGCCGUGCAGGGAGCGGGCCAGCCGCGGGGUCCGCGUGGGUUCUCACUUCCCCUCCCCAACUGCCUCGGGUGCAGGUGCCACGGCUGAGUCCUCAGGCGGGGCGGGCCUUGUGGACACGCCCUCGUGGCGAGUCCUCGCUCCCUGUCUGGAGGAAGCGCCAGAGCAACUGCUGGUCCCGUGCGGAGCCGGGCGCCACUCCCGCCCGGCGCCCAGGGACACCACACCGACACGUCUCCACGCACCGAGUACCGAGCACCGGGCACGCUCUAAGCAGGGGAUGUGAGCUGCCCGCCGCGACAUGGCAGCCUCAGGGGUGCCCAGAAGAUGUGAUAUCCUCAUAAUCUACAGCCCGGAUGCAGAGGAAUGGUGCCAGUACCUCCAGGACCUUUUCCUGUCCAGUUGGCAGGUCCGCAGCCACAAGACGCUGACGCGCCGGCUGGGCCCCCAGACCACCUUCUCUGCGGAGGACCUGCGCCUCUUCCUGAGCCCCCGCUGCGUGUUGGUGCUGCUGUCGGCAGAGCUGGUGCAGCACUUCUACCAGCCGGCACUGCUGCCCGUGCUGCAGAGGGCCUUCCAGCCGCCGCGCCGCGUGGUCAGGCUGCUGUGCGGGGUUCAGGGCAGCGAGGAGGAGUUCUCGAGCUUCUUCCCUGACUGGGCCCACUGGCAGGAGCUCACCUGCGACGACGAGCCAGAGAUCUACCUGGCGGCUGUGAGGAAGGCCAUUUCUGAAGAUUCUGGCUGUGACUCAGUCACUGACACAGAGCCUGAGGACGAGAAGGUCCUUCCCUACUUGAAGCAGCAGAACCUGCCAACGAAGACUCCACCUGGGAACCUGAUGGUGGUGCAGCCGGACCGCAUUCGCUGUGGGGCAGAAACCACUGUCUACGUCAUUGUGAGAUGUAAGCUGGAUGAGAGGGUGGCAACAGAAGCAGAAUUUUCUCCUGAGGAUUCUCCGGCCAUAAGGGUGGAAGCCACUCUGGAGAAUGAGUACACGGUGUCUGUGAAGGCUCCCCACCUUUCUUCCGGGAAUGUUUGUCUGAAGAUAUAUUCUGGGGACUUAGUGGUGUGUGAAACCAAUAUCAGCUAUUAUACUGACAUGGAAGAAAUUGGGAAUUUAUUGUCCAGUGCUGCAAAUCCUGUGGAGUUCAUGUGUCAGGCCUUUAAAAUUGUGCCCUACAACACAGAGACCCUUGAUAAACUGCUCACCGAGUCCCUGAAGAACAACAUUCCUGCCAGCGGACUGCACCUUUUUGGAAUCAACCAGCUGGAAGAAGAAGAUAUGAUGACAAAUCAGAGGGACGAAGAGCUGCCCACCUUGUUGCAUUUUGCUGCAAAGUAUGGGCUGAAGAACCUGACUGCCUUGCUGCUCACAUGCCCAGGAGCCCUGCAGGCGUACAGUGUGGCCAACAAGCAUGGCCACUAUCCCAACACCAUCGCUGAGAAGCAUGGCUUCAGGGACCUGCGGCAGUUCAUCGAUGAGUAUGUGGAGACUGUGGACAUGCUGAAGAGUCACAUUAAAGAGGAGCUGAUGCAUGGGGAGGAGGCUGAGACCGACGCCGUGUACGAGUCCAUGGCCCACCUGUCCACAGACCUGCUCAUGAAAUGCUCCCUCAACCCCGGCUGUGAUGAAGAGCUGUAUGAGUCCAUGGCUGCCUUCGCUCCUGCAGCCGCCGAAGACCUCUAUGUUGAAAUGCUUCAGGCCAGUACAUCUAACCCAGUCCCUGGAGAUGGCUUCUCUCGGCCCACUAAGGACUCUAUGAUCCGCAAGUUUUUGGAAGGGAACAGCGUGGAAAAGGUUAAUGUGAAGAGAGAGCAGCACCAUUUUGGUGGGCGAGAAGAUGUUUACCACACAGUGGAUGAUGAUGAAGCCUUUUGUGUGGACCUGGCCAGCAGGCCCCCUGUCCCAGUGCCCAGGCCAGAGGCCAGUGCUCCUGGCACUCAUCAGCUGCCGGACAAUGAACCGUACAUUUCUAAAGUUUUUGCAGAAAAAAGUCAAGAACGACCUGAAAAUUUCUAUGUUUCCUCAGAGAGUAUCAGAAAGGAGCCACCCGUCAGGCCCUGGAGGGACAGGCCCCAGUCAAGCGUCUAUGAUCCAUUCGCCGGGAUGAAAACACCAGGCCAGCGGCAGCUUAUUACCCUGCAGGAGCAGGUGAAGCUGGGCAUCGUCAACGUGGACGAGGCUGUGCUGCACUUCAAAGAGUGGCAGCUCAACCAGAAGAGGCGAUCCGAGUCCUUUCGCUUCCAGCAGGAAAAUCUUAAACGGCUAAGAGAUAGCAUCACCCGAAGACAGAGAGAGAAGCAAAAAUCAGGAAAGCAAACAGACUUGGAGAUCACAGUCCCAAUUCGGCACUCACAGCACCUGCCUGGAAAAGUGGAGUUUGGAGUCUAUGAGAGCAGCCCCAGGAAAAGUGUCUUCCCCUCAAAGGAGCUAAGACGAGGAGACUGGAAAACUGAUAGUACCUCCAGCACAGCAAGCAGCACAAGUAACCGGUCCAGCACACGGAGCCUCCUCAGCGUGAGCAGCGGGAUGGAGGGUGACAACGAGGACAAUGAAGUCCCUGAAGUUACCAGAAGUCGUAGUCCGGGUCCCACACAAAUGGAUGGACCACCUACCAUACCCCUUGAGAGGCCCCCCAGGGUGCCUCCUCGAGCCGCCUCCCAGAGGCCUCCAGCCCGGGAGAACUUCCAUCCUCCUCCACCUGUUCCACCCAGAGGUCGCUGAUUCCACCAAGACCUGCCUACUGCUGGACUUUAAGACUUGCAAUUUCCAACCUGUUAAUGAUGUCUUCAUGUUAAGUGUUCUGUCCUGACUGCUGACCUUAAGAUCCAGUCUCAUUGCUGACAUUGUUGCAACCCUGCUGGCUCAGGUUAUCCUUGCAGAUCUUAUUAAGGAAUGAAGAAGUGAAAAACCAAGGACUUGAACUUGAUUCACCAUUGCCAAGUAUUUUGAUCCUCAUUCUGGAUUGCCAAAAGGAUGAAGACUCAGUCAGGAUUCUUACCUCUAAUCUGCCAUAUCAGAAAUGUACUUAUAAGUGAUUAUGUGGCAGUACACUUAUAUUAGUCCCUAUGUAUUUGCUAGUCCAGUCUAAUUUCUAGAAGUGAAUACAAGACUUUCAGUAUUCAAGUAAGAAGAGAAGUGGCCUAAUUUUAAAAUAAUUCUUUUACUUUCCUGUAUGUUCAGGAGUGUGUUUAAGUGCUAGGGCUGGUCUGAUCACAUACAACAACCUGAAAAAGACUUUGGAAAAAAUUACUUCUAAUUAUUUUUAUACAGAAGGAAAAUCUGGGGUCCCAUACAAGUCUGGAAUCAAGAGUACUUGGUUGGUUAGAGGCAGCGGCAGAUUUGGAAUCUUGGUCUGCUGAUUCUAGGUUACCAUAUUCUCCAUGUCCAACAUGACAGUCCCUCUUUCCUUCAAGAAAUGCCUAAAUGUAGAAAUUCACCAACAACUGAUUAUUGGCCUUCCUUCAGAAGCUUUACUCUUCUAUACCUCCGAGGCAUGGAACUACCAAGUACUUCUUUCAGUUUGGAUAUGUAUACUUUAGUAGACUUUCAAAACAGUGAUGUUUGCCAGGGAACCACUGAAAAUGGUUAGAUCCAGAAGCCUGGGAUUCCAGGGAGCCCAUUUAUUGUUCUCUUGUCUUACUAAGUCAGUUCUGGCCAUAAAGAGAUAGGGAGAUACUUGACUUCUUUUCUGCUGAGGAGUCUAAAGAGGGAGAAAAGAAUCUAAAAUAGUAAUAGUCGUGUUUUCUUUCAGACCUCUUAUUACACCAGGCUUGGUAAAUCUGUGCAGAGAAAGUAGAGCCUUAAAUGUCAUGAAUUUUGAGUCCCCAUCAAACAAAUCUACCUUUGAAGCUCACAUCCUUAAUGAUGCUUAAUCAUUCAGUAAAAUCAAUAUCUUAAUUGUUGCUUUAAAAUAUCAGAAAUCUGGUGGUUUCCCAUAGACUCAUUCUCCAAUCCCUCACAGACAUAUAAAAACCACAUUAUUAAUGGUUCAUUUAAAUACAGUUUUAUCAGAUCCUUUUCUAAUAAUUCCUCAAUCUCAUUCUUUAGCACAGCAAUCAAGGACUCUUAUUGAAGUCAGGAGUUUCUGGAGGAGUCUUAGAUUUUGUUUGGUUUUGUUUUUGAUAUAAAAUACACUAUUGGCCACACCAUCUUGAGAGUGUGUAGGGCCUGGCACAUGGUAGCCAUUCUACAAAUAUGCCUUCAAUGGUCCCUUUACUUUCUUUAUCACUUCUUGGGGAGAAACAGGAUAUGUGAGAUAAAAAGAGGAAUAAGAAAUUACAAUAUUGGUACAGUUGUCUUUCCUGUUAUUUAUAGACAGUCUUUUAUCUAAAAAAUAUUUGAUUUUGAUAAAAGAGAUACUUUUAAAAUAUUCAAUACCUCUAAGCCUCUUUAUGAAUGCCAGCUUUUAUGCAUACUCUGAUGAAUAAGCAUGAUCAAUAACAUGGUAAAACCUACAUCAGCCAAUGGUGUUAGCAUCACUGUGCAAUAUUUGAAUAUUUUAUUGCAUUUUGUUCUUAUAUUAAAAUAAGUGAAAACAUAAAACUGAAAAUACUGAUGAGCAGCCUGGAUCUCAUGAAUGUGGCACACUUUAGACAUGGUUGGAACUGAUCGAGAGUACCAGUCUAAGCGACAAGUCUUAAGCUCUCAAUGGAUGUUCACUGAACAUCCAAGCUGGUUGGUUGCAUGUAAAAGAAGGCAAGAAUUUGGAUAAAACACUGGGACUGUAUUUUCAAAGAAUUUUUCUAUUGUUAAGGAAAAAAAUUAUUUUUUAAAAAAGUAAACCACCCAUUAUAACAUAAACUUACCCAACUUCCACAUACUCAAUGCAUUUGUAUACAUUAUUAGGAAUACUAUGUGACAAACCCAUACACUCUCAAUAUCAUGAGGAUCAGAAACUAAACUAUAAGCAGUAUCUUAAAUAGACUGUUCCAGAGUAUUCUCUAUGAUGCUUUGGGAGACAGCUCCGCUGACACCUUUCUUCCCCAAGAUUUUACAGAUUGGCUCAAUAGAAAGGGAAGGAAUUGGUCAUAUUCGCUGCCAUUAUAUUUGCCCCUUUUUAGAAGGUAGAAUGGCCUCCAAUUCCUAGGCCAGCACUGUUCCUUCAUCUUAUGUUGAAAGCCAGGAGCAGAAAACUCAACUGUCUAACCAAUAAAGUAUGAAGACUGAGAGAUUAUGAACAAGAGGUUGUGUUGCUGUCAAAUAAUUUAACUUGACCUAUUUAAUGAUGUGAAUAACCCCUUAUGCUUUGCCAUAAUUAUACAGUGAUAAUAUGUAGAUGACUUCAAUUAAUAUUUUUACGAAUCAAGCUAAGUCACCCAUCCCUCAUUUGUUUAUUUUCUGUGCUUUGUUAUUAACAAAGGAAGGCCCUAAUUAAUCCAGUAUCACCUUAAUAGCUGGGAUUUUUAGAUCCCUUUCCCAUAUGUUCCAGGAAGCAAAAGUUGUUUUUCUCUGCUCCUCCUUCAAUGAAUAAUAUGUGGUUUUACAGCUGCAUGGUGGAGGAAGCAUUAGCAAUAUUUAUUUUUGAGAAAGACAAGUAGUUCAUUUGGGUAAUUUUAAGAUUUAUCCUAAACAUCAAUCCCCAAUUUUGAGGAAUUUUCCUGUAUAAAUAUUUUCUUUGAUUUGAUAAAUAAAUUAUUCGGUUCAUUUCCAAGUGAGUUAUUAAGAGGAUAAAAUGGUCUUCAUUCAUUCC